AAGGGUGGCAACUGCAGGUCACAUAGGGUUAACGCCUCGCGCAGGUUGGGCUGUAGUCCUGCCGUUUUGGCAGAGGGAAAGCAGGUCGGCCUGAAUUCUCCUAUGUCAUUUAAGGAUUUUUGUCUAAAUUGACAGUAAAACGGGCGGCUAACAGUAGUUCAAGAAUGGCUACACUGCUUUGUCUGAGGCAGUGCCAAGCCCAAGGCACUGCUAUCUCUCGUCUUCACACGAGCAGCCAUGUCUCUGCCAAACAGCAUUACAAAAUGCUUGUGCUCGGAGGAGGAAGCGGGGGCAUUACAAUGAGUGCACGAAUGAAGAGGAUGCUGGGAGCUGAGCAUGUGGCCGUUGUGGAGCCCAGUGAGAUGCACUACUAUCAGCCAAUAUGGACCCUGGUUGGUGCUGGUGCGAAAACUGUAGCCUCAUCAGGUCGUUCCACCGCAAGCGUUAUGCCGUCUGGAGUGAAGUGGGUGAAAUCUAAAGUUCAGGAAAUAAACCCAGACACAAAUACUGUCCGCACAGACGAUGGGACUGAAAUCUCCUAUGAGUAUUUGAUUGUGGCUCUUGGAUUGCAACUCCAUUAUGAGAAGAUCAAAGGACUGCCAGAAGGAUUUGAACAUCCAAACAUUGGGUCAAACUACUCAGUCAAAACUGUGGAGAAAACGUGGAAAGGACUGCAGAACUUCAAAGAGGGCAACGCUGUGUUCACAUUCCCAAAUACUCCUGUGAAAUGUGCUGGAGCUCCCCAGAAGAUCAUGUACCUAUCCGAUGCCUUUCUCAGAAAGACAGGAAAAAGGGCAAAGGCCAAUGUAAUAUACAACACAUCUCUACCUGUACUCUUUGGAAUCAAGAAAUAUGCUGACUCAUUGUGGGAUAUUGUUAAACAACGUGACCUACAAGUGAACUUGAGGCACAACCUGAUUGAAGUGCGGGCAGACAAGCAAGAAGCUGUGUUUGAAAAUCUUGACAAACCAGGCGAAACCAAAGUGUUUGAGUAUGAAAUGCUUCAUGUCACACCACCAAUGGGACCCAAUUUGGUGAUUAAAGGCAGUCCACUGGCAAAUGAGGCAGGCUGGUUGGAUGUCAACAAAGAUAACCUCCAACAUAAUAGGUAUCCAAAUGUGUUUGGGAUUGGAGACUGUACCAGCCUACCUACAGCCAAAACGUGUGCUGCUGUCGCUGCACAGUCUGCUAUACUGAACAGAACCAUCAGCAAAAUACUGAAAAAUGAGAAGCCAGAUAAGAAGUAUGAUGGCUACACCUCAUGUCCGUUGGUUACAAGCUACAACACAGUAAUUCUGGCAGAGUUUGACUACAAUGGACAACCACUGGAAACAUUCCCCUUUAACCAAGCCAAAGAAAGAAGACUCAUGUACUACAUGAAAGCUGAUAUGAUGCCUCACCUCUAUUGGCAUGGGCUUCUAAAGGGCCUGUGGGGUGGACCAGGACCAUACAGGAAACUCCUUCAUCUUGGGAUGAAAUGAAACCUCACCAUCAGUUUGCAAGUUAAUACUACAUUUCCUAAACUUUUAGGGAAAGAAGUAGCACAUUAAAUCCAGGGUGGGCACACAUAGUGGCUAGUACGGUAGUAAUAUUUAUGGCCUGGGUAUCAUGACUAAUCACAACAAGUUUGGUCAAGUUAUCAUCAAUAUUUAAACAUCUAGGUUUAAUUAAACCUGCAGUAAGUGGUACAUUGAUAUUACGGUGGAAUAAAAUGACUCCCUGCAAUGAGAGAGUCGCUCGUAGUGCAGAAAACAUUGAGCAUUAACACUCGACUCUGCAGUUCAAUGUAGCUUCUAGCUGCUUAUAGAUCAAUCUUUUGGUUCUUUUGGCAGCAUAUUGAAUGUAUGAUCUUGGUGCUUUCAUUAUCCAACCAGCAUUGAGAUUUUUAUAGGAGCCUAGAACAAAGGUUUGUAGAAGAUUCUUUGAUUUGCCACCGUAGGUGUACCAGUGUACUUUUAUAAGCCAGUAGGUUUCACCUAAAUCCCACAGCCUAACUCAAGUUAGCCAGGCUCUUCCAAAGUUUGUUUAAUUUCUUGCUGCAGAAUAUUUAGUCCAUGUUGCCCACAUACAUCCAAUAAACUCAUUGACCCAAAUUGGCCUUUUUUAUUGACACAGUUUAAAUGAACAAUUAAAAUAUUUAUGCUUUGGUACAAUCAUUUGUUUUUGCAGAAUACUGGAGGGAUGCCCACCUCUACAGCUGUAAUCAUUGUCUACCAGUCAUUAAGAGUAAGCGCACUAUACAAAUAUACUCUUUUUCAGAUUGCUACAGUAAAAAUUGUGUAUAUUGGUGGAAGUUAAUUAUAUGUGUAGUUUCUCGUUAUUUUAAGAUUUUAAUAGUCUUCAGGUGUGUUUCCAACUUAAAUGCUAAAGCAUCCAGUCUGUGAAAAUGUAUUUUUUUCCACAGUACAAUGUUUGAGCUACCAAACAUUUUGUAUUGAGUGGUUGUCUUUGGGAAUGCUUUAACAUGCAAACUACUAUAAAGGCUUUUCUUAGGUCAGAAAUAGAGUUUUGUAUUUUGUAUUUUUCUAUCAGUGCUUAACUGAGUUAUAAACAUCUUGGUGGUUAUAUAGUCGGUUUACAAACUUAAUUGUAUUUAAAAGAUGAAUUACUCUUUAAGCAUUAAAAUUACUGUGUACACUUAGAAAACCUGCUGUAAUUAUGCUAGUAAAAACUUAAAUUGUUGAUGAAAAAUCAUAAAUAUAUAUAUAAAAGUAUAUUUUCAA